AUGGUGGCGGUAAUGGCUGUGACGAUGGUGGUGAUGGUUGGCGGCGGCGACAACGACGACGGUGGUGGAGACGGUAGUGGUUGCGGCAAUGAUGAAGAAGGAAAUGAAAAGAGAAUUCAAUUGACAGUAUCAGGUGUGUUUGAGAUGAGUGAUGGUCAACGUAUAAUAGUGCAAUUUGAUAGACAAAUGCAAGCUUAUGGAGAAGCAGUAGUACUGCUUUCUGGAGCAUGUGGGCGUAUUGUGAAUGAUUGCAAAAAUGUUCCUAUUAGCUAUGAAAGAUGGGAUAAAGUACAUAAAUCAUACAAGACAACUUGCUUUAACACUCUGAAGACUUCAGAAGAAAUUGCUAAGCGUUAUUGUCUACUUACCAUGGCGAGAAGGUAUAGAAAUGGCAAGUCAAAAUUAUGGCAUUCAACUUAUGACUCAAAAUUUUCCAGAGACCAAUUAAUUGAUGAUGUCCCUACUAGUGUUCCUCAAGACCAAUGGUCGUCAUUUGUUGACUAUCAUUUGACACCAAGUUAUAAGGAAGAAGAAAUUGGACGACCUGUAAGCCGAGGGGAACUAUAUAUUGCUACUCAUAAGAGAAAAGACGGAUCAUAUGCCAAUGAGGAAACAAAGGCUAUAAUGGAGCAGAUUCAUGAAGAAUUAAGUCAGAGCACUAAUUCUAUUGAAAUUUCAACAAAUGAUGCGGUUGCAAAAGUUUUAGGACCAGAGCACUCUGGUCGCGUACGUGGUUUAGGCCUAGGUGGCCUUCCUAGUAUUGCCUUUGGACUCACCACUGGACGAUUUAAUCCUAUUGGCUCCACUUUCUCAAGCAUGAAUUCAGCUGAAAGUUCUAAAUUGAAAGAAGAAGUUAUUACCUUGAAGACCAAGUUAACAGCUUUAGAGGAAACUGUCAAGACAUUACAGACUAUAAUGCUUGCUUAUAUACAAAUGAAAGAAGGAAGAAUUCCUCUAGAGUUGGAUGCAUUGUUGGGCAUGGCUUCUACUCCAAUGAAUGAAGGAAGUGAAGCUGGCCCAACACCACGCAUGAGUUGA